CCGAUUGAUCUGAGAGAUGUGUUUACAAAUAUUUAUUUAUUUGUAAAAAUUAUUUUCGUAAUUUUAUUUUAAUUUAUUAUGGCUGGAGAAGUGAUCGUCGAUGCUCUACCGUAUAUCGAUCAGGGAUAUGAUGAACCUGGUGUGCGAGAAGCGGCACUGGCAAUGGUUGAGGAAGAGACACGUCGUUACAGACCGACGAAGAAUUAUCUGGAACAUUUGCAGCCUCUGAAUAUAACCGCCUUCGAAACAGAAGUAAUGAAACAUGAGUUUGAGAGGAUGCAGAAUCGCUUGCCGAUGGAAGUGCUUAGUAUGAAACGUUACGAGUUGCCACCGCCUCCAUCCGGCAAACUCAACGAUUUAGCAGCAUGGAACGAGAGUGUAGAAAACAGUAGCGCACAGUUGGAACAUCAGGCCACUAGGAUCUGCAAUUUAGAAUUAAUGAUGAGCUAUGGUUGCGAGGCGUGGAAAUCUUACCUGGAAGUGUUGGUUCAGCUGGUAGGUCAGGCUCAAAAGCAAAUGCAGACGUUGAGGAAAAUGAUUCAAGAAGUUAAUUGGCAGAGGAAGUCGAUGCAGACUCAAGGAGGUGAUAAAUUAAGAGCUCUUGAAGCACAAUGGGUUGGUUUGGUGUCCAAAAAUUACGAGAUUGAGCAGGCUUGUGUGCACUUGGAAGAGGAAAUACAGAAAAUAAUGAUGAACAAAGAAGCUGUGGAAAUCAAUGAUGUACCAGCAGAGGAGGAGCCUGAUGUGCCAGAGAAAAGCGCCACAGAAGCUAUGGCAUUACAGAUGCAGCAACAAGAGGAUCAGGAGUCUUAGCAUAAUCUAAAUUGUAUAUAAUUAUUAAGUAAAAAAAAAAUGAUAAUAUAGAUAGUAUAGAUUAUUAA